GUGAGAGUAAUCACAAGAGGUCAAAGUCAAAGGCGAGAAGCCAGAAUCCUUGACUAGAGAAGUCCUGUGGAAGAGGGUCGACAAUCAAUCAAGAAGAUGAUUUCAGUGGAAGAAGCUUUGGGGAUAGUGGUGAACGUAUCUAAGCGGUUGCCACCGGUAACGGUGCCCAUUCACGAUGCUCUUGGCAAGGUCUUGGCUCAGGACAUUCGAGCUCCCGAUCCUCUUCCUCCCUAUCCUGCUUCCAUCAAGGACGGAUAUGCUGUAAUUGCCGCAGAUGGUCCUGGUGAGUAUCCCAUCAUUACAGAAUCAAGAGCAGGGAAUGACGGUCUUGGUGUGACAGUGACUCCUGGAACUGUUGCAUAUGUUACAACUGGAGGACCAAUACCUGAUGGAGCUGAUGCAGUUGUGCAAGUAGAGGAUACUCAACUAGUAGAAGGUGCAUCAUCUGAAUCGAAGAUAGUACGCAUUUUGGUGAAAACCAACAAGGGGGUUGAUAUUCGUCCUGUGGGAUGUGACAUAACCAAAGAUGCUGUAGUAUUGAAAGCUGAAGACCUACUGGGUGUGGCAGAAAUUGGGUUACUUGCUACAGUGGGUGUUUUGACGGUGAAGGUAUAUCCUACUCCGACCAUUGCUGUACUUUCCACAGGAGAUGAGUUGGUAGAGCCAACAGGCGAGCCCUUAAGUCGUGGACAGAUUAGGGACUCCAACCGGGCAAUGAUUGUUGCUUCUGCAAUACAGCAGAAGUGUAAAGUUAUCGACCUUGGUAUUGCCCGUGAUGAUGAGGAUGAAAUCAGGACUGUUUUGGAUAAAGCACUGUCAGCGGAUAUCGAUAUACUUCUGACUUCUGGUGGUGUUUCUAUGGGAGACAGGGAUUUCGUCAAACCCUUUCUUCAAAAUAGAGGCAGUGUGUAUUUUGAUAAGAUUAGUAUGAAGCCCGGAAAGCCUCUUACAUUUGCAGAAAUCACAACUCAAUCAGCAGAGAAGGUGAAAAGAAUUCUUGCAUUUGGAUUACCUGGAAAUCCAGUUAGUUGUUUGGUCUGUUUCAACCUCUUUGUCAUUCCAUCAAUUCGUAAUCUCUCUGGAUGGACAAAACCACAUCUUCCAAGAGUGCAUGCUUAUCUUAAACAGUCCAUCAAGACAGAUCCAGUCCGGAGAGAGUUUCAUCGUGCCAGUAUUAGAUGGGAGAACAAUGCUGGAUUUGGCUUUCCAGGAUUUGUAGCCGAGAGUACUGGUCAUCAAAUGAGUAGUCGACUCCUAAGUAUGAAGUCAGCAAAUGCAUUGUUAGAAUUGCCACCGUCAGGAAGAGAAAUACCUUCUGGAACUCCAGUAUCAGCAAUAUUAAUUUCUGACACAGGUGGGUUUGCUCUGUGGAAGGAUUUAUCAUCAUCAGAGCUAGAGACUGUUACACAAGCUACCAUGGCGAUGAAAGUAAAUGCUGAUGCGCCUGUAUGCUCCACGUAUAAGGUUGCUAUCCUCACUGUGAGCGAUACAGUUGCAUCAGGGGCUGGGCCUGAUCGGAGUUGCGAUAUAGUUCAUAAAUAUAGCCUCUUAGCUAGUGUGGAUAAGGUUGUGUACUGUGUUUCAGAUAACCUGGGACAGCUGAUGCUGGUCAGGUUGUCAGCAGCAUCAGCCAUGGAGAUCAGGGAACAUUACGGUUUGUCUGGAGCUGAGGUAGGUACAAGUUUGCAGAAGGCUGCUGAUGCAGUAUAUGUGGAUGAUCUUAUCCUCACGRGCUCCGACUCGGCUGUUAUUCGCUCGUUUAUCUCCGAGCUUCACACCGAAUUCAAGAUAAAGGAUCUCGGUCACCUCAACUACUUUCUCGGUUUGGAAGCCAAGCGUCUUUCGUCCGGGUUGUUUCUUAGCCAGUCCAAGUAUGCUCAUGCUAUUGUUUCCCAUGCCGGCCUACUUAAGUCGAAGACCGUGGCAACCCCUCUAUCUCCAAAUGUCUCUUUUGUUGCAUCUGGUACUCCUUAUGAGGAUCCGACUCAUUAUCGCUCUCUUGUUGGGGCUUUGCAAUAUUUGACCAUUACCCGUCCUGAUAUUUCUUAUGCCGUUAAUCAAGUUAGCCAGUUUCUUCAGGCUCCUACUAUUGAUCACUAUCAGGCGGUCAAGCGACUUAUCCGAUAUGUUAAGGGUACCCUCUCCUAUGGUCUUACCUUUUCGAGACCCACAUCCACGAAUCUUGUCGGUUAUUCUGAUGCGGAUUGGGCUCGUUGCUUGGAUACGCGCCGAUCCACAUAUGGGUACUCGAUAUUCCUGGGGGGUAAUCUUGUAUCCUGGAGCGCCAAAAAGCAGCCUACGGUCUCUCGCUCCAGUUGUGAAUCUGAAUAUCGAGCCAUUGCUAACACCGCUGCUGAACUCAUAUGGAUUACUCACUUGUUGUGUGAGCUUCACUUUCUUCCCACUGGCCGUCCGACCAUCUUGUGUGAUAAUCAGAGUGCCCUAUUUCUCACACAGAAUUCGGUAUCUCAUAAGCGCGCCAAACAUAUCGAUCUUGACUACCAUUUUGUUCGUGAGCUCGUUGUAUCUGGGAAACUCGUUACCAUGUUUGUUCCUACCAAGCUUCAGGUAGCGGACAUCUUUACUAAGAGCCUUCCACGACAACAGUUUGAGCAGUUUCGUCGCAUGCUUCGUCUUGACGCGCCUUGCCCUCUAGCGUUCCUUUUUAGAACACUGGUUGUAGUGGAUACCCAAAUUUCUUUUUGUAAUAGUAGUGCAUACCUAGAUAAGAAAACCUGGUCUGCCGCUUUUGCUUCCAUGAAGAACUUGUUUUUUCGACUCAAAUCUCUAACCUUACACGAGUUUUGCACCCAAAUGUAUGUCAAACUUCUUGUAGCAAAAUAUCAUGUGGUAGGGCCUGGCUAUUCCGAAAAUGAUACACUGAAGCAUUUCUUUUCCCGACACCAUUAUGUGAACACUUCUUGCAAGUCGGGGUGGUCUUCACAGAAACAGCCGCUCUACUCGUUUGAGAUUAUCAAUAUGCCUGGGAAUCCAAAUGCGGUUGGUGAGUGUAUGGAGGCGUUGCUUCCGGCACUGAAGCAUGCAUUGAAGCAAAUAAAGGGCGAUAAACGAGAGAAGCAUCCACGACAUGUUCCUCAUGCUGAAGCAGACCCAAAGGACGUUUGGGAACGCAGUUAUCAGGUAGCUCGUAAUGAUGGCAAAGAACCACCGCAUGGUUGUGAUUGCAAGUAAGUGAUGUAUGAUGCAUCAAGAAAGAUGAAACCAAAUGUAUUCAGUAAUAAAGGCUGAUGAAAAUUUCUUAAAAAGAUGCAAAAUGACAAUAAAGUAUUUCCAGUGGGCGAUUAUAACCAUCAUAAUUGUAUUUCUGUUGCAAAAUAACCAACCGGAAAUUGCCUAAGAUCGCUCAUUUGGUAUAUUUUAGGGGCUGGUAAGCGUUUUCUUUUUGUACUUUUAACAAGUACAGUGGGACGGUUUCUUAACGAAAUUACAAGGAUUACUUUCUUUUG